UAGCCACAGCACCCCCCUCCGCUAGAACGCAAUCGAAUCUGUACGUUCUUUUCACGGCAUUGAUUUUGCACCUGCUUCCAGUCAGCCGAUUCUUGAUUUCGCGGUCUCUGGCCAUGGCGGGGAAAUCAAGAAUCCCUAGCUCUGCCAAAAAGACCCAGAGCGCUGACGGCGCGGCGGGAAAAGCUGCGCGCAAGCGGAAAAGCAGCGCGGAGAAAGCUGACGGGGUCGAUGCGGAGGCUGAGCCCCGGGCAACAGCUAGCGCGGGAGCGGCGGGGCUUGGCGGAGCGGAUGGCGCUGUUAAACGGCGAAAAGUUGCGCGAGUGGCGGAGGGGAGCGCGGGGGGAGGCGUUGGGGGAAAGUCCGCGGGGAAUGCUGCAUUCAGGGGAGAGGGGAAGAGAGAAAGUAAGAGUGCGGAAGCGGAAGCGGAAGCGGACGAGUCCGACUAUAUUCUCAAAGGGAUCUCUUUAGACGAGGAUGUAGAUGCCUUGGUGGCGGAACGGGAGAGAGCCGAGAGGAAGCGGUCCCGCAAGAGCGGCUCGAGAGGGGCUAAGGGUUCUAAGAAGGGGAUUAAGAAGGGUUUAACAGAGGGGUCACGGAAGGAGAAUGACGCGGAGGCUUUAAGUAUUUCGGCCAAGGCUGGCUCGGGAAACGAGGCGGGGGGAGCAGAAGGGGGAACGGCGGGGGGAGGGGGAACGGCGGAGGAGGCUAGGCGGGCGAGAGAGGCGGGGAUGACGGAGGCGGAGAGGCAGGCGGAGCGCGAAAAAGAUGAGCUGAAGGCGCAGGGGUACAAGGAGGAGGAUUUCAAGGUGUUGGCAGCCAUAGCGCUGGAUGCAGUGAGGAGGGGCGCGAGGGGCAGCAAGGGCAACUGGGGCACGCAGGCGUGGGUGCUGGUGGCGGGGUUUGUGGCAUCAUUGAUUGAAGCUGGGAACUAUAGAGCCAAGAAGUUGUUGCAGCAGCACAGAGAAUUGCAGCAGCAGAGGGAGGAGAGAGAGGCAAAGAGGCCAUUCGCCACGGCUGGAAUGAAGGCAAACAACAAAAAGGUCAUGUGGCUGGUUCGCUGCACUCGUGCCCAUAGCCGGUACAAGAAGGCAUUCACUUUCCCUUCAUUUAUGGAUGGCUGGGUUUACACGGACAGCAGUCAAACUGCAGACAGCAGUGAGGGCAACGAAGCAAGUCCCGACGGGAAGGAGACUGAGGAAAAGAAGGCAACGAAAAAGGGGAGGGAGACGGAGGGAGGAAAGGAGAAUGUAGAGGAGAUGGGGAGAGAGACCAGGGAGGGGAAGGAGAAGGCGAAGGAGGGGAGGGAGAAGCUGCGAUUGGUGGGGAUGGAUUGUGAGAUGUGUGAGACUUGGGACGAUGAGGAGCCCAUGGAGCUGACCAGAGUCUCUGUGGUCGAUGGAAAAGGGAAGGUGCUUCUGGAUCGUCUAGUGAAGCCACAGAGGGAGGUGAAGUCAUACGUGACUGAGAUCACAGGCCUGAAGGAGGAGGAUUUUGAGAAAGUCACUUACACCUGGGAGGAUGCACAGCGUGACGUGGUGGCUCUCCUAACGCCAACUACUGUGCUCGUGGGCCAUCACGUGUCCGGUGACAUGGACGUACUGAAGAUAGACCAUCCGUUGGUCAUUGACACGUCUCUCCUCUUCCGCUACUCUUCCAUCGACUCAAACAUGUCCACCGUGCAACUGCCCCUCGCCCUCGUCGCCCUGCGCGCCCUGGGCUACAAGAUGCGGCAGGGCAGCACGUCGCACCACGACAGUGUGGAAGACUCCCUCGUUCCAGUCCGCUUGGUUCAGAUGGCCAUCAGCACGCCAGCCCUCCUCCCGUCGCCCAUCCAACCCCUAUCUGCGCUUGUCAGCAACCAGCUGAUGCGCGAGCUGACCAUUGACAUGCUGCCACGUGGCACCACUGCAGAGAUGGUUCUUGCCUUGUUGGCGCACUACGAGAGGAGGAGGAGAGAAGAGAAAAGGAGAGAGGAGGAGGAGACGGGUGAGGAGGAGGAGGGGGUGCAGGAGGGAUCAAUUAAGGGAGGAAAUGGGAAGAAGGGGAAGCGAAAGGGGAAAGAGGAGGGGAAGGGGAAAGGGGGGGAGGAAGGGGAGGAGGAAGGGGAGGAGGAAGGGGAGGAGGAAGGGGAGGAGGAAGGGGAGGAAGGGGAGGAGGAAGGGGAGGAGGAAGGGGAGGAGGAAGGGGAGGAGGAGGGGGGAUCAGAGGAUGAAGAAGCGAGGAUCUGGAUGCCAGGGCAGGAGGAGGAUGAUGAUGACAUGCUGCCAUGGGUACCGAAACCCCGGCUCAGCAGCAGAGGGGACGGCUGCUUUGCCCGCGUGCACUACCCCUUCCCGUCCUCUGCUCUGGCGCUCUUUCACUCUCUACCUGGGGAGAUAGAAGCGGACCCCUGGGGGCGGUGGAGAAAGAGGGUCCCUGUACCAGAGCACCUACAGAAGCACAUCUACUUCAUAGAUUACAGAAGGAGCACCGGCAGUAACAGUAGCACACCAGCACAAGCCAUGGCUGGGGGGGGAGAAGGAAGAAACACAAGACCAGGUGCCGUAACCCCUGUUUACCGGCCUGCAAAGGAGGUGAUAGUGGCGUGCGGCGGGGAUGGUAACCGCAUGUUACACGGGGUUGGUGCGAAGAUGCUGAGAGCCAUGAGAGAGCAGCUGACUCUAGUGUGUGAGGAUGCGGAUGAUGUGUGGGAUGUGCUGGUGGGCAGGGAGGAGGAGGAGGUGGGGAGUGUGGUGACAGGAGAGGAGGACGAGGAGGGUGGGGAGGUAGGAAAGAGUGCGGAAGAGGAGAUGGUUGAAAGGCGGAGGGCAGAGGAGGAGGCGUGGCAACGCGAGCAAACGAGGGUGAGAGAUGAGAUUAUGGAGAGGGUCAGAGCGGAUAUGAAGGCUAAGUGGCAGCAGCUGCUUACUAUCGACGAUACAGACGAGCACUUAGUUGAAAGUCUUUUAAAGAGCAGUUAUUUUGAUGCAGUGGCUGCGGUGGAGGGGGGGAGAGUGGAGGGAGGGAGGGAGCAGGGAGGGGAGGAGGUGGAGUUUGAGGUGGGGGAGGAGGGGAUGGAGCGAGCGAUUCGAGAGCUGAUCAUGCGACUGACAAGGAAACGGGAGCAGCAGCAGCAGCAGCAGCAGCAGCAGCAGAAGGAGGAGGGAGAGCGAGAGAGAUUGGCCCAGGUGCAGACAGAAGGAGGGGUAGGUGGGGUUGAUGGGACGCGGGGUGGUGGAAGUUUGUAUGAUGGGGCUGAUGUGGGAGAGUUAAGGAGGAGGCUAGUGCAUAAGGAGAUGGAGGUAGAGGUGCUGCAACGCAUGGUGAUGUUUCUGGGGUAUAAGGUGUGGGGAGAGGAGGAGGGAGAGGGGGAGGAGGUAGAGGAUGGGGUGGAGUAUGAGUCGGAGGAGGGUCUUGAGAGGGAGGAGGGGGGAGGAGGGAUGGAGAAAGGGGGGGAAAUGGUGAAGGAGGAGGAUGAUGAAGAAAUGGAGGGGGAUGUGGAGGAGGAUGAAGAGGAGGAUGAAGAGGAGGAAAACGAGGAGGAAGAGGAGGGUGAGGAUGAAGAGGACGAGGAAGAAGAGAACGAGGAGGACUGUGAAGGAGAGGAAAUAGAGGAAGGGGAAGAGUAGGAUGGAGAGGGAGGAAGAGGAAGAGGACGAGUAUGAUACCGGCAUGUAAAAAGGCUGGCAUGAAGGGAACAAUUGUCUACCAAGAAAUCCGUAGAAACGCAUAUUGCAGCCUAAACGUGUGUGCAAAAGUGAUGGGGAUUAUGAUAUAUAUGUUUUCCUUUAUCUCAAUAAAUAGGUUUUAUUUGU